UCAAUGAACAUUAUCAAUGUUCAUUUACCACUUGGUUUUAUAAUAUAGACUAGGUAUAGAGGUCAUUUUCGUCAACGAUUAAUGUAAAAUAGUUAUUUCCCUUCUAUUUCCUUUUUAUAGAUUAAUCUUCCUCAAGACCGAUAAAAUGGCAGUAUUCUUGCGAUCUACCCGACUAGCCGCCAAGUUAAGCCAAGGUACAACAAAAUGUUUCUCGCGGACUUACGCCGAUCAAAUGAGUUUUACAUUUGCUGCCGCCAAUCAAAUAUACUAUGCCGAAAAGAAUGUCAAGCAAGUUGAUGUACCAUCGUUCAGUGGAUCUUUCGGUAUCUUACCAAACCAUGUGCCUACAUUGGCUGUUCUCCGCCCAGGUGUUGUAACCGUUUACGAAGACGAUUCAACAUCCAAGAAAAUAUUUGUAUCCAGUGGAACGGUGACUGUAAAUGAAGAUUCCAGUGUUCAAGUCUUAGCCGAGGAAGCUCAUCCAAUUGAAGAUAUUGACAGUUCAGCUGCCCGUCAAGUGUUGCAAGAAGCACAAAGUCAAUUGGCAACUGCUUCAGAUGAAGUUUCUAAGGCAGAAGCCGCUAUUGCUGUAGAAGUAGCUGAAGCCCUAGUAUUAGCAUCAGGAAAUUAAAACGUUUUUAGAAUUAUGUAUUAUAUUAGUGUGGAAAUUCGUUUCAGAAUUUCCUGUUUUACAAAUAGAUUACUUGAUACAAAUCGAAAAUUCAUUUUUUCCUCAAAACUUGUUGAUAUUUAUGUUUAAAAUUUCAGUUUAUAAUUUUUUUUUUUUGUCACACAAUUUCAAUAAAUUAUAUUUCCAACACAGAA